AUGAUAGAUCACCUCCUUGGAAGGCCCUCCCCUUCCUGGAAACGAUUUCAGCUUAAACUUUCCGCUAAAAUUCGUAAAUAUAUGCGUGAUCUCGUCUUUAGGUUCUUUGUUUUAUUUAAAAUCGAUCGUCGAGGUCCAAGUUUUCUUCAUAUAUGGAAUGAAAAGUUCUCUCAAUUUUCUCCAUUUCAACUGGUGGCUGGAACUCUCGCUGUUUUAUACAUUUUGAAAAAUGCCGAUCGUAUGAUAGGACUUGGAGCUCCUGAGCCACUUGCACGGCUAUAUAGUCGAAAUUAUUAUCGAGCCACGUGGAUUCUUACUGCAUUAGAUGCUGGUUUUUGGACUGCAAUGUCAAUUCGUCCAAAACCGUUUCGAGAUAUAAUGAUACGUGCUACAGUUACUGUUGAGCAGCUUCGUACAUCAUGGGAAAAAACUCUUAACCCUUACUUACGUGCGUUAAUAAGGCGUACACAUCCACGUUUAACUAUUAAUCAAAAGAAAAUUUCGAUUCCUCGACCAGAAAAUAGUCAAUAUUCAAAACCGAUCACUGGUUAUAUAUAUUAUGAUGGUCCUUUAGAAUCGUUCAAAUAUUGUGAUAGCUUAAUACUUAACUACCCUGGUGGUGGUUUCAUUGCAAUGCCUCCUCCAUGUCAUGAAGAUUAUUUGGCUCAUUGGGCUAAAAAGACUCAAGUACCUAUUCUAAGUAUUGACUAUGGAAAAGCACCCGAAUAUCCUUAUCCUUAUGCUUUAGAUGAAUGUUUUGACGUUUAUCGAAGUAUAAUUGAAAGUAAUGGUGAAGUAAUUGGAAUGGCUGGUUGGAAAGAUAAAGAUGGUAGUAAGAGAAAACAAAUAAAAAUGACUUUAGUUGGCGAUUCUGCUGGAGGGAAUUUUGUUGCGUCAGUCAUGUAUAAAAUUCUUGAAUAUCAAAUGCCCAUUCCCCAUCCCAAUGGUUUGAUUCUCAUCUAUCCCGUGCUUAAUUUUGAUAUUACUUGCUGGAUGCCACCAUCUCAGCUAUCGGUUAUUAGAGCCGAAUCUACGACUUCGAUUCCUGGUGUACUCGAAUCUAAAGAUCACUUGAGUCACAAAAGUCCUUUAGCUGUAGUUCCUGAUGUUAAGAAAAGAAGAUGGAGAAAGAGUUUUUCUGGAUCUAUGGAAGAUGAAAGAACGAUAGAAGAACGUGUUCGAGUGAUUGAAGGCCAUAAUGUUCCUAAACAUGAAAAACGUCCUCGUCCGAAUCCUUAA